AUUUUUAUCAAACGGAAUCAGUAUCAUCUCAUGAAUUUGAAAUAAUGGGAAUUUGAUCUAACAAAAUGACAAGUAUAAAAAUAGGAAUGAGAAAAUUAAAUUAAUAAAUAAUAAAAUACAUUGAACAGUGAUCUUAAACGAAAAAACAAUGAAUGCAAAGCUGGACUGACCAUUUUGUGAUUUUUUUACCUCAAGCAAGAUCACAAUAGGUAGCAGAAGUAGAAAAUUCAGUACGAGAGGCACAAUGACUAGGCCUCCAAACGAGAAUCUUCCAACAAUCAAAUUAGUUGUUGUUGGAGAUGGCGGCGUUGGUAAAAGUGCAAUUACGAUACAGUUUUUCCAAAAAAUGUUCGUUACCGAUUACGAUCCGACUAUCGAGGAUAGCUAUCUGCAACAUGUUGAGGUUGAUGGACAGUGGUGUAUUUUAGACGUUUUAGAUACUGCAGGCCAAGAGGAGUUUAGUGCAAUGAGAGAACAGUACAUGAGAAAAGGAGACGGUUUUCUCUUAGUCUAUUCUGUUACAGACAAAAACAGUUAUGAAAAUAUUAUUCAUUUUCAUACUCAAAUUCUCCGCGUUAAAGAUAGAGAUGUGUAUCCUAUGCUAUUGGUUGCCAAUAAGGUUGACUUAGUUCAUUUGCGUAAAAUAACCGAAGAGCAAGGGCGUGAAUUAGCUCACAAAUUAGGAAUACCGUAUAUCGAAACAAGCGCCAAAGAUCCGCCUCUCAACAUUGAUGCCACUUUUCAUGAAGUUGUGCGCAUCAUCAGAAAUCAACCUCAGGCGGAUUUAGAAAAGCGGAAGAAGAAAAAGCUGCAGGUUUUGAAUAAAUGUGUGUUACAAUGAUUGAUUUCGGUUGUCCCGGAGACUUGGUUUAGGCUGUAAACAAACGGUCCUAAUUUUUUGUCAUUUUAUGCACAAUUUUAAAAUGGUAAGGAGUUAAUAGAAUUUAUACUGUUGUUGUCAGUUUUAAAGAAAUUUUGGUCAAUUUUUUGAACAUAUUUAAUAAUAUGGCAAAGAUGUGAAUUUGUUAGUGUCUGGUUGUUUGCUGCUUUUAGUACCUACGUCUUCAGAGAAAGAUGAAAUUUGUGGCAUUUUAUGAGGCUGAUUGCCUCUGUUAAAAUUUUAUGAAGACAUUAUUCGGGAUUUAGAUUAACAGAGACUUCUAGUGGCAGACAUUGUAAUUAAUACAGGUGGGAGAAGGCCACUGUUUUAAAUUGUCAAUUAUUAAAGCACGACACAUCGAAAAUACCGAUUGUUGAUUUUGUGGUCAGUGUAAUUAUCACAUGAAUAGUAACGCUGUUUUAAAGCAUAAUCGACGUAAGGGAGUGUCGGCGAGUUGCUGUUACAAGACAGCCUCGAGUUUUUAAUAAAAAAGCCUUUCAGGUACGAUAGGAUUGAGAGGUUUGGUAUAUUUGCAAGUCUCAAAAACGGCGGUAGAAACUCAAUUCACUUUAAAACUAGUACAAUUCCACUUAAAAAGUGAUAAAAUAACCCUAUGUUUUCAAACCGCCCCCACCUACAGUCGCCAUUUGCAAAUUACACCAGCGCCUCUAGUGUUAAUCUGAAUUGCGAAUAAAGACGUUCAAAAUUUUCAAAUGAAUCAAAGUAAUAAAAUUGCCAAAAUAAUUAAAAUCUAGAAUUAUGCUCCUUUCCAUUUUAUCAGACGCCACUAUGUACUUGAUGUGCCAGUAUUCUAUUUCACUUUAAAUAACAGUUAGCAUUUACAUUGGAAUACUUUUAUAUACUAGAAAAGUUUUACAAUUUGUGUUUUAUUAACACAAUGAGAAACUGAACUAAAAUGCCAAAGAUUAAUUUUUUGUGAUGAAAGUAUAGUUGUAAUAAUAAUUCCAGUGGUGUUCAUAUACUAAAAUAACUGAUACCAAAAAAUGUUUUGUGUUAACUGUAAGCAGUGACCUAAUAAGAGUAAUUUUCUCCUAUGCUUCUUACUAUAGGUACUUUUAUUAACUCACUGCGUGUAAACUUUUGCUAUUGUUGCAUACAUAAAUAAGGCUGUAAGUUUUGCUCAUUGUUUAGUUGUAAACAUUCACUU